GAACAUUAAUACCCUUAUAAACAAAUCUGGUGGGAGUUACUGUUAGCUGCACGCGUAAACUUCAUGAUUUUUUUUCGAGAAGCUAUUCAUGAUCGACAAUGGACUUUGCACUGAGGAAAGACGCAUGAAUUGCUUUAUGCUCUUUGGUGAAAGGAAUGAGAACAAUUUUGUCUGUAUACGAAAACAAUUUCCGAUUGUGAAUUGUAAUUUGUCGCAUUUUCAUGAUAAAAAUGGAGUCGUCCCAGUCAAUGAGAGUACACAUUCAGUCGCGUCGGUUGGCAUUGUUGUUAGCUGCGGGUUGGUUGGUGAUUUGUGCCCCGAAAUGCUGGGCAGGACCAGAGGAGAGCAGCUUGUUAGAUCCGUCGAGACUGGCACCAAUGGACAAUGACGUAAGGCUUAAAGGAGGCACCCAGCCCUGGGAAGGCCGCAUCGAGAUCUACCUCAAGAGUUCGGGUGAAUGGCACACGCAUUGCAACACACCACGACGAGAAGAGUUCUACCACGUCGUGUGCCGUGCGAUUGGCUUUGGUGCUUUCGUAAAAGACCUUGGGGAAAAGGAGUUCCUAAAGAGUUCGCUGGUUCCACUUCAAGGAUAUUUUGAAUGUAACAAGGAUGCAGCGGACUUGCGAAGUUGCUUUUUUAAAGAAGGCAAUUUAUGUAGCAACGAUGAAGAGGCUGGAAUCACUUGCUCAGGCAAAGUUCCGUCGUGUGGGCCCAUCUCCUUCCAGAAAGACGACCACAUGGUAAUGCACCCGUUCAAACUGAGUUAUCCAGUGGACACCCGUGUGAAGGUGAGAUGCCCAGGUGACCCCAGUGUCUCAGGGGUCAUGAAGUGCGUCAAUGGCCACUGGGAAUGGGAAGGAGUGGAACCUCCGACUUGUCCCCCUCGAAUCGAUGACUCGAUUACCUGUCCUGCGCCCUUCAUCGACACACGUAAUACGUUCUUGCGUCCUUGGAAGUUGACGUACAGGUACGACGAAACGUUGGAGAUAGUCUGCACCGAUCGCUCUAAUAUAACGAGGCUGAGAUGCGGAGAUGGUGGUCGACUAGAAUGCCUUGAUGGAGGAGAGGAGUGCAUCCCCGAGGCUCCCAUCUGCCAGACUCCUAACCGUGCAUAUGGAGAUGAAAAAUUGCUCUUGGUCGGAGGAGCCAAGCCCACAGAAGGCCGUGUUCUAGUCAACCGUGAUGGGCGUUGGGGAUCCAUCUGCGCGGAUGGGUGGAACCAGGAGAACGCUAACGUCAUCUGCGCUCAGCUGGGGUUCGGUCCCGCUCGGGACUCUUUCCACUCUACUCCUCAGUUCCCGUCGGAUCGAUCCAAGCGGUUAUACCUAUUUCGGGAGGUGGGCUGCAGCUCCGGUGAUAAGAACAUCUUGGGCUGCAGCAUGAAGCACAUGUCGGCUGGUGACAAGUGCCUGUCACGCCAUGAGGUAGAAGUUGACUGCUCUUCAGAGAAAGCAGAGCCGCAGUCAAAUUCGUGUCGCACCAACUGCGGACCGCCGGGUCUCCCACCAAAUAUACUAGCCAAGCCCUUCAAAUUUGUCUACCAGGCUGACGAGAUAGUGACGCUAUCUUGCGAAGGAAACAGUACCAAGAAAGUGGAAAUCAAAUGCUCUGCAAAUGGACUGUGGAGUGGUAGUGUAAUCGACUGUGGCCGGAUUGUUUUCCGGGAACCGGAAUGGCUGAUUGGAAUCGGGAUUGGAAUAGUUUCUUUGCAAGUCUUCAUGUACAUUAUAUGGAUAAUAUGGUGCUGCUGUACACGCAGGCGGGUGCCAGCGGUGGAAGUACAUGUAAGAGAUGACGCCCCGCCCCCUGAAAACGUAGCUAAAGUUCAACCAGUCAACCAGCAGUCUGUUCUAACACAGCGCCGCACACAAACCGAUGAUAAUAAACAAGAUUAGAAUCAUUUUACGCAGGGGUGUCACUUGUAAUGGGGUGGUGUCGUUACCAUGGUUAUUUUACCAAUGACUAAGCUGAAAGUGUUUUUUCUUCUUUCAGAAGCAAGCUAAACAAAGGUCCUUAGGUUUGUAACUGUUUCAAAAUAUAAACAAAGAAAUGAACAAGAAAUAAGAAGAUAAUAUGUUUGGGAUCUGCAUAUAACAGGAUUUUAGGUCUUUUUAAAAUCAACAUCUGCCGAUUGACCAUCAUUGAUGGGGUCUUAGUCUCAAAUACCUCUCACACACUUUCACCCAGAAAAAUACCUCCUCUAAACAUAACCCAAAUUAUCUGCGGAUAUCUGAGAUAGUUAUCCGGAGAUAUUAAUUUUGUCCAAUGGUAGUUGUCGUAGGGUAGUUGGGGUUUUGGGGGUCUUGAUGUCGUGGAUAAUUGUUCUUGGGGUAAGGCUAAUUAAAUGAACUGAUAUUACUUUUACUGGGGUAGUUUUAAUCGGAAAUUAGAUGUCCUAGGGGGUUAUCGUCGUCCCUAUAGUAAUAAGUAAAAAGUGUGAAUGUGAUUUGUAAAUUAUUCUGUGAAGGCUUCCUCAUUUGUCUUUCGAUACCAACCUCUAUCCUUCCCCAGACAUUUGCCUUUCCAAUAUCAUGCUUUAAAUCUAAAUUUUAAAAGAGCUCGUUCUUGUAUUUAGCGCUCAUGUCUGAGACACCUGACACUCCGUAAUUAUUACCUCGGCUUUACUAUAGCUGCCAUGAUGGCGCCCUGCAUUUAAAAGAAUUCAUUCCUGUCAUGUACCCAUUUACCCA